UGGAGAGUGGCAGGUUUAUUUUUAAGGUGCCAAGAGAAAAUCUCCAAAUUUACGAACCCAUUCGGCCCGUUCUUUCUCCAGCAGUUCACUCUUCCAUUUGAACCAGAACCGCUCUCACUGGAACUCAGGCACAGAUAAGGAGUACACCACCGCACACGCCGCCCCAGAAAAGAAAUUGAGAUGCUGGGAAGAGUGAGGAAGGUUUCAGGCCGGGGAGAACCAGUUGCAGCAAACUAUGCAUUUGGUCCUUCUGAAGAUGAUGUAAUCAUCAAACACCGGCUUCUUACCCGUACAACAACCACUCGAGGUGAACCUCCGUUGAAGAAGCUUCAAAAGAAAUUCACCUCGUUCGUUUCCGAGGUAGAUAAAGACGAAGAUAACUACAAUGACUGUGAAAAGCUUGCUAGAGCUUUUUUGCAGGAGCUUACUACAUUUGAGAUUCCCCUUUUGAAGAGUAAAGCAAUUGUUGAGGCUAAUGUUAGGGAGAAGGAUAAUUUCAAUGAGUUGAAAGAUGAAAUGAAUCGCCAGAUCUUGCAGGCGCAGGUUGAUAUUGAGGAUCAUAAGAAGCAAUUGGAAGAGAGUAAGGUUGAGAGACGGCAUAAGGAGGAGUGUGAGGCUAUUAGGAAGUUGAUUGCUUUGCAGCCGCCGAGAUCUGAGACACAGAAGGUUAUAACUGAGUUGGAGAAAGAAAUAGCUGCGUUGGAUGCUGAGAAUACGGCUGGUUCGAGAUUGUUGGAGCUUCGGAAGAAGCAGUUUUCACUUUUGUUGCAUGUGGUGGAUGAGUUGCAGAAUACAAUAGAGGAAGACCAAAAGAGUCUAAUGGAGGAGAUGAGAAUAGCAACCGAGGAGCUUAAGAAUGGGAUAGAGGACACAAGUGGGGGGUCGGAAGCAAUGGCAGUUGAUCAGUAACUAAAUUGAAAGUCUCACUGUUGUAGCAUCUCUUACUUACACUUUGUUCUUGGUGUUUUUCUACCGUGGUUAGGAACCACGAACCAUAUAUGUAAAUGAAAUGUCAAUGUUAUUGUGAUAGACUUUAGAACUUUGUAACAUUUGCAUUUUGAUUGGAGUUUUCUAUGAA